AUGUCACCCGCCCCUUUCCCAGUGCCCAACGCCACUGUUCCGUUUUGGCGGACAGAGCUGCAUGAACUCGACAGCCAUCAGAGUUCUGAGGAACUGCCUGCUGAGCAGGAUAUCGUGAUCAUCGGCGCUGGGUACACAGGCGCCGCGCUCGCCCACUAUCUCCUGGAAGAUCUCGAUGAAUCAUCACGGCCAUCGAUCACCAUCCUUGAAGCCAGACAGGCUUGUUCGGGAGCUACGGCCCGCAAUGGCGGUCAUGUCAGACCUGAUCUAUACCAAGGGCUCCCGAGCUUCAUGAGGAAACACGGCCAAGAGGCCACAGAUGAGAUGGCCCUCUUUGAGCUAGCCAACCUCCAUGCAGUGAGAGACUUGGUGCGAGAGGAAAAGAUUGACUGCGACUUCAGAGUCACCACCUCCAUGGCUGUACUCAGAGACGUGGCUCUAGCUGCCCCUUUCAAGGAAGGCAUCGAUGAACUACUGAAGCUCGGCUCACCAACUGCUAAGCUUGUCCACUACGUCGAGGGUGAAGCAGCCGAGACCUACUCCGGCGUCAAAGAUGCAAGAGCUGCAUUCUCUUUUGAGGCUGGCUCGAUCUGGCCUUACAAACUGGUCAUGCACCUUUUGUCGCAAGCCGUCGCCAAGGGUGUUCAACUUCACACGCAUACUCCCGUCACCAAAGUAUCCGAUACCCAGGAGAACGGCUUCUGGACCGUAACCACACCACGAGGUGCGAUUAGAGCCAAGAAAGUGCUCUUCGCGUCCAACGGGUACACCUCAUCAAUUCUGCCCCAAUACAAAGACCGCAUCAUCCCAGCUCGCGGUAUCUGCAGCCAUGUGGCUGUCCCAGAAGGAUCAGAGCCGCCGCAUCUCCCUUCAACGUACUCCCUCCGCCAUGGACCCGGGCUGUACGAUUACCAGAUCACGCGACCUGACGGCAGUAUUAUCGUCGGGGGCGGUAGGACGGAGUUCUUCCCGAAGCGUCUCGACGAGUGGUACAACGUCUGGGAUGACUCGAAACUGAUUGAGCCUGCUGCUACCUACUUUAACGACUACAUGCAGAGAAACUUCCGGGGGUGGGAAGAUAGCGGAGCCAAAGUGAAGAGGGUUUGGACCGGAAUUAUGGGCUAUACUAAUGACCUCCUUCCCCAUGUCGGCGCCGUGCCGUCGAAACCGGGCCAAUAUAUUGCUGCGGGUUUCAAUGGCCACGGCAUGGCUUUCAUCUUACUCACGGCCAAGGGCCUGGCGAAGAUCGUCAGAGACGACAUCCCCUUCUCCCAGUCUGGAGUCCCGCGGCUGUUCGAGACAAGCGAGGCCAGGCUGCAGCGACAGGAAAACGAGCUGCUCGCCUGA